CGUUCUGUUUAAUUUUAAAGAUAUUUUCCCGAUUCGAAGUUUAUGCGCUGCAUUUCCUAAUUUGCGCCGUGAAUUGUUUUGUUUUCCCGGAACCGUUUCCACGCGUCUUGUACCGUAUAAAAAAAGAACUACACGACCCAUGAACACCCGCUCUCCUGUCAUUUGGUUAUAUUCAGUAUUUUCUCUGUCAUUUAAAAUCCUUUAAUUGCUCAUUUCAGAAAUAUGAAAAUAGACUGCUAUUUGCUCAGGCUAUACCCUGAGAUAUAGUUCUCCCAUUAUAGAGUACAAAUAAACUUUGAGCGGUUUAACUUCUACACAUGACAUGACCUUUAUCCGGCAACGGCGCUGCUCUGAAAGCAAAAGCAGAAGAAUGUCUGAACACGUGGGUUAGUUCCCAUCAUCGUGCACGCGCACGCACAUUGACCACUCGACCCCGAGCGCGCGCGAGGUUCGUGCUGUCAGGACCUGGUCGAACUCCACUCAAGACGAGACACCAAAUUUCUCAGCAAAGUAGUAAACUCUGACUGGGGGAAGUGAGGGACAUGGCUGAGGACUUCACUCCUUUAGACUGUCUUCUGUCCACAGGAACCCAGAAGAUCUGCUUGGUCAUCCUAAAUCAGCCAGUGGAGCCUCACUUCUUCCAUGUGCUCUGGAAUAAAGCUGUGAUCCGAGCAUGUGCAGACGGCGGCGCCAACCAUCUUUACCGACUGACAGAGGGCGAAAGGGAAAGUUUUCUACCGGACUACAUUAGUGGAGAUUUUGAUUCAAUUACGGCCGAGGUCAAGAAUUUCUACUUAGAAAAGAAGUGCAAGCUGAUUGAAACAGCUGAUCAGGAUCUGACAGACUUCACUAAGUGCAUGGCCCUGAUGCUGGAGGAGAUCAAGAAGCGACGUGUGCAGGUGGACACCAUCGUCACGCUGGGAGGCUUAGGAGGGCGAUUCGACCAGAUCAUGGCUACGGUGGAGACGCUUUUUCACAUUCAGAAGAUGUCCGAGAUCCCUGUAGUGGUCAUCCAGGGCUCCUCUCUGGCUCGUCUGCUCCGAGAGGGCAGGAAGCACCAGCUAUAUGUGAACACCGGUUUGGAGGCCGAGUGGUGUGGUUUGAUUCCAGUGGGUGGCCCCUGCCUUACCAGUACCUCGGGGCUCAAAUGGAAUUUGGACAAGCAGGUGCUGGAGUUCGGGAAGCUCGUCAGCACGUCCAACACGUAUGAAAAGCUCAACGGCAAAGACGAGAGAAAACCGGUGACCAUCACCACAGACAGACCUCUUCUAUGGACUAUGGGUAUUAAAACAGAGGAACUGAAUCAUUAGGAAAUGUGUGUGUGUGUGUAUAUAUUAUAUAUACACACACACACUCAAAAUCCAUGAUCUGUUAUAAUAAUAGGCGAUUUUUGGUAUCCUCGGAUUUAUUAAAACAAACAAAAAAAUUGAAGAAUUAUCACAAAACAGAACAUGAAAUUUUGAAAUUCAGUCCCAGUCCAUUAUCCAGCGUUGUUCCAUGCUUCCAAUAUCCAAAGAGGUUCAAAACCGUGAGGAUUCAACCACCA